AUGGGUGUUUCUGCUGAAAAAUGUGCUAAAUAUUAUAAUUUAGCAAGAGAAGAUCAAGAUAGUUUCCCUAUGAAAUCUUAUCAAAGAUCUCAAAAAGCUCAUGAAUCUGGUAAAUUCGAAAAUGAAAUUACUCCAGUUAUGAUUCCUCGUGGCUUUAAAGUUAAAACAUCAACAACUGUGGAAUUUGAUGAGGAGACUGCUAAUGCUUCACCAAUUAAUGAUGGUGGACGUUCACUAUUAGUUUAA